AGCUGACAUCCAUCGUUAUUUUUUGUCAAAUAAUUUUUUGUGGUUAUGGCAGAGCAGAAUUUACCGCUCGACGAAUCUCUCGGCGAAGGCUUAAUGGAAGUCUGUAUGUCCUUGGGUCUCAGCUUGGUGCUGGAGUACAUUAAGCAGUCUGAGACGAACGAACCUCAGUCUUUGCCGCAGGAUGCGAAAAAGGCAAUAUACUCGGCUCCGCUCAGCGUAGAACAUCCGCGUCAUCAACUGCGCGAGAACCAAAUGGUUCGCUUCUACAAUUGCCUUUUCUGUCCGGAAGUGUUCGCCAGCCGCUAUGAUCGCAACACGCAUCAUAAGAUUCACCAGGAAAAGGAGAAUGUACCACAGUUCAAUUGCGAUUGGAAUCGUUGCACUCGCAGCUUCGAAACCGAACUGAAUUUGUGGAGACAUCAACGCUCGAUGGAACACCAUCGCUGGACAGCGACUUGCUGGCGCUGCAAGAGGACUUACCCGAACUUAAAGACUCAAAUGGCACACACAAAAUCAAAAAGAUGCCAUGAAAAACACGAAUAGAAUAGGUUGGAAAACACUCUAUUUGGCAGUAAACAAAGACAAAUGACAAAAUGUUCAAAAUAUGUUAUCAAUUAAAUAAACGGCCUCCGUGUCGCUG